GAUAGUUUUUAUUGAAAUGUGAAUAGGUUAUCUUUCAGGGGUCCACAAAGGUCUGAUCUCUGUUAUUUUCCCAGCCAGCAAAUCUUCAUUAGGGCUAAGAUGACCAUUUUUUUCCUCCAAAUUAUCCCAUUACGUCUGACAUAAACAACCCAAAGUGCCGCCUCCCAUUGGCUGGCCGCAGGGUCAUGUGAGCCGCACGGCCGUCCGUCUAUUUGACAGCCGCAGGAUGGCUUGAUGCCAGAGGGGGGAAAAAGAAGACAGAGAGAGGGGAGAGAAAGAAAAAUUAGUAUUCUCCUACUAGCCUCGCUAUAAAUCAAUCAUGGACUCCUACGUGGUGAGCUGUAAAUAUGCUGAGCCGCAGUUCCCGCCUUGUGAAGAAGAUUACAGUAAUUUUACUGACCAAGGGGGGUAUUACAACAACAACCACCCCCAGGACAGUGGCAGUUACGCGGGGGGCUAUCAGCCCGUGCAUCCCCCUCCGCCUCCCUACACACCCCAGCAGACCGGCUACCAGGGGCAUCACCGGGAGGAUGGAGAGGAGCGCGCGCAGGGCCAGGGCGCGAGCUACCCGCCGUACAGCAGGGACGCGCACGCGGCCGGGAAGGAGCGCUUCCCCGCCGCUGACCUGCAGUGCCAGGCCUGGAUGACCUGCGCCAAGCCCGCUCAGGUGCAGAGGAAAGCGGCCUGCCAGGGCAAAGACAAGCCGCCCAUUGUUGUCUACCCGUGGAUGAAGAAAGUGCACGUCGCUCACGUGAAUCCGAAUCACGUGGGUCCGGAGCCCAAGCGGUUGCGCACGGCCUACACGCGCCAGCAGGUCCUGGAGCUGGAGAAGGAGUUCCACUUCAGCCGGUACCUCACGCGCCGCCGCCGGGUGGAGGUGGCGCACGCGCUGUGCCUGUCGGAGCGGCAGGUAAAGGUGUGGUUCCAGAACCGGCGCAUGCGCUGGAAGAAGGACAACAAACUGCCCAACACCAAAGGACGGAGCAAAGCCAAGAAGGGCACGGACAACAACAACAACAACAACGGAGGCGAGACCGUGAAGGCGGCCAUCACCGUGUGAAAAACCCCCGCGUGGGACCGGGGUUUGGCCCUCAGAGGACAGCACCUUCACUCCAAAACUCACUUUUGCUGAACUGAUCCGGGAAACAACCUUAAACCGCUUCCAAUUCCCAGGCUAAACACCCAUUGUGAAUUUUUUUUAACGUAUUUCCCCCUUAUUUUAACCUUCCUUUAAAGCAUUUCCAAGCAUCUCCGUUAGCCAUAGGCUGGGGAGGAUGUCAGUUUAAGUUUAUCUAUUUAAUCAACCAAUGAAUGUCUUUGAGUUGUUGUAUAGUUUUCUGUUAUCCCACAGACAUGUGCUAUGAAAGGCGCAAAGCACGGUGCCUGUUAUAGUGCCACACGACGGGAGAGUGUGUGUGUGUGUGAGAGUUGGAAAAAACAGGGUUUGUUUUGUGUUAUUAUUUUCUACAGGGUAAACAUAACACAGGGUUUUUUUUAUAAUCGUGACGUAAAAAAAUAGCCUAAUGUAUGAUUGUAUACGUGUCCCCGAAAUGUUCCGCAAAACGGUGCGUAAAAAGGGGAAAGGAGAGGACAGAUACCAGCAGCAGAAAGACCAAAAUGCUCGGCGGCUUUCUCGUAGAAUAAUAAUCGUAUAGCUUUUUUUUUUUUGUAGGAAUGUAGCCAUAUUGUGCAGAUUUAUUUUACUUUUUUGGAAUAUUUCAGAAUCUCGGGCUCCAGGUCGUUUGCUGGAGACAGCGGAGUUUUGGGGCAGACUUGUAAUGCACAUCAGUGACUGUAAUUCAGCUCAUUCUCUCAGGGUUACAGGGUUUUAAGAGGAGAAAUCCCUCAAGCUUGGUUUGGUUGAGGUUUUAAACGAGCCCCUAAUCGUUACAUAAAAGCAUGUUUUCUCCUUGAUUACAGUUUAAUAUGCUGUCACAGCAUUUUACGCCAGUACUUAUUUCCAUCAUUUAGAAGCAUAUUUUAUUCUUUGUAGCAUCCUCAUCUUUGAUAUAUAUAGAUAUAUGUUACGUUUUUUUCAAAAGAAAAAAUGAAAAUUUCGUGUAAGAUUUUU